AUGCUCCUCUCCAUGGACAUGAUGGUGACUAUUCCUCCGUCGUGGCUCCGCCCCCCUCCAGAUCCGCCGCCCCCGUCGUUCCUUGGCCUGAUGCAUCACUGCUCUUCCUCCUUGAAGAUGAUGGUGACAGCCCUUCCUCCUCAUUCACAGCCCAGGCCUCCUUCAAAUCCAGCGCGGAACAAGCAUCUUCCGAUUGAAACUCCUCCCGUCAAGCCACCAGAACCUCCAGACCCACCGGACGUCUCCGUCAGCCUCGUUCUUUUCACUUCCUCCAGCCCUUCUCCACAAGCUAAUCAAGUCCUAGAUCUGAUGUUUAAUUUUUCAAGAGUUUCAAGUAAGCUCAGUGAUGAUGGUGUUGUUCUUGUGUUCACUGGUGACACCAUCUUUGUCAACUGGCGUUCUUCUCCUGUGGAUGCAAUGCUAGAUGUGUGGGUGACUUUGGAUUUGUGGUUUCUGGCUUUAUUUGGUAGUGUACUGAUGGACUCAGUGUCCUUUGGUUAUAUCUUUGUGCCUCUUAGUGGUUUUUAUGUUGCGUUGAUGCAACUCUCUACUGCAGUAUGCAGUCCUAUUAUUGUAUUCAACCUGUUGAAAGAGACAAUCAUUGUGAUUUGUUGCUUGGUGAAUAUGGUUAUGGCGGGUAUUGAUUGUCCGCUUGGCUCCUGUUUGGAGCAGUCUCUUUUCCCAAUAUUUCCUCAUGUAUGGAGUGAAUUGGAUGAACAUGUGUGGCUGGUAUUGCAAGGAUUCUCCUCCCGGCUAACGCUCUUCCCUGCCUUUAGUGCAGUGGUUGUGACUCUCAGAGUUACCCGAGAUGCAAUCGUUCAAGAAACUCAUGAAACCGUUGUGAUGCGAUUUCUAAUGUUUACUUGUUGUGAUUUGUAUUUUCAUUCUAUCUUAGGUUUAUCUGUUUCGUAUUCCAUUGGGCUCUUUGUAGCUUUGUUGUACUCUCCUUUCAUGGAGAGUAAACUCUUCUAA